CUUACCUGGUUUAAAUUGAAACAGUGCGUUCAACAAUAUUGGAAAUUGUUAUUAAAAGCCUGUUACGACUGCAACUGAGACAGAAUAUUUUGACAUAUAUAUGACAUAACUAAAUUCAGAGUUCUUCCGUUGUCCCAUUAGCGUUAUCCUUUGUAGUUGCCGUGGUUUGUCUAUGUGCCUUCGUUUACAUUUGUGAAAAUGGCGCUUAUAUGUGCAAUUUCUAACGAAGUGCCAGAACAUCCAGUCGUUUCUCCUUCGUCCGGAGCGAUUUUUGAAAAGAGAAUAAUUGAAAAAUAUAUACUGGAAAAUGGUAUAGACCCCAUUAGUGGAAAAGAAUUAAGCACUGAUGAAUUAAUUGAAAUCAAAACACCACCUAUUGUUAAACCUAAACCUCCAAGUGCUACUAGUAUUCCUGCAACGUUGAAACUGUUACAAGAUGAAUGGGAUGCAGUUAUGCUAUACAGUUUUACACAAAGACAACAGCUUCAAACAGCUAGACAAGAACUUAGUCAUGCACUUUAUCAACAUGAUGCAGCCUGUAGAGUUAUUGCAAGGCUUAAUAAAGAAGUUACUGCUGCUAGAGAAGCUUUGGCUACUCUUAAACCACAAGCAGGAAUUACUCAAGUUCCUCAGCCUGCUGUUGCUGCAGAAGCUGCUGGUGUAGCAAAUCAACCAACAGAACAAGCUGGUAUGAGUGCAGAAGUUAUUCAAAAAUUGCAAGACAAGGCAACUGUUUUAACACAAGAGAGAAAAAAACGAGGAAGAACAGUGCCAGAGGAACUUACCUCUCAAGAUGAUUUAAAAUCAUUUAGAACAGUUGCAUCUCAUCCGGGGCUGCAUUCUGCAAGUAUCCCUGGGAUUUUGGCUCUUGAUAUUCAUGCAUCAGAUACAAGCAAAAUUUUAACUGGAGGAAAUGAUAGAAAUGCUACAGUGUUUAAUAAAGAUACAGAACAGGUUAUUGCAAUUUUGAAAGGACACACUAAGAAAGUUAGUCGUGUAAUAUAUCAUCCUGAUGAAGAUUUAGUUAUAACAGCAUCUCCUGACACAACAAUUCGUAUUUGGAAUGUGCCUACGUCUCAGACAACAUUACUUCUUCGGGGUCAUGAUGGACCAGUAACAGGCCUUUCUCUUCAUCCAACUGGUGAUUAUAUUUUAUCGACAUCCGAAGAUCAACAUUGGGCAUUUUCUGACAUUAGAACCGGUCGAUUAUUAACAAAAGUUGCAGAUCAAGCAAACGUAGCACUUACGACGGCUCAGUUCCAUCCUGAUGGAUUAAUUUUUGGUACUGGCACUGCUGAUUCUCAAGUAAAAAUUUGGGAUUUGAAGGAGCAAAGCAACGUUGCGAACUUCACAGGUCAUUCUGGCGCUAUUACAAGCAUAUCGUUUUCCGAAAAUGGGUAUUAUUUGGCAACGGCAGCCGACGAUGCAUGUGUGAAACUGUGGGAUUUACGAAAAUUGAAAAAUUUUAAGACGUUACAAUUGGAAGAAGGUUAUCAAAUUAAAGAUUUAUGUUUUGACCAAAGUGGUACAUACCUAGCAAUCGCGGGAAGUGAUAUAAGAAUUUAUCUCUGUAAGCAAUGGCAAGAAUUAAAGGUAUUUAACGAUCAUACAGCGGCUGCAACGGGAGUUAGAUUCGGCAAACACGCUCAUUUCAUAGCGUCUACGUCAAUGGAUAGAACGCUGAAAAUCUACGGUCUUCAAUAGUUUCAAUUCAGUCACAUUGAUUGUUUAUCAUUAUUAAACUUAAAUUAGUCUCUAUAGGAAGUGAAAUAACAAACUGUUUUUGUGAAUGUAUGGAUAUUUUGAGAAUUAGUUAAGUUAUUGGAUAAACCUAAAUGUUUAGUGCGUCGAGUUUUGUACAAUAAACAAUUUAGUUUGUUUAAUAUCUAGUUUAAAUUAUUACUUUUUAAAAAUAUGUAAAGUUUGAAAAUAAAAACAAUACGUUGAAAGGAGAGGACCGAUUCAAAUAGGAAAAUAAUAAAUUUCCUUGUAAUGUUCACAUAAUUUAAAUAAUGACCGGAUCAAUUUAGUAGAUAAUUAAGAAGCAAGCUAAUUAAAAACUCACUGGCAAUAUAAAGCAUUUGAUAUGUACAAUCAACCCUACUUAACAUUCCUGUUACUGUAUUAAUAAGCAAAAUCUACAAUAAAAAAAACAAUUAAAAUUUUUCAAUUAA